UAAACUUCCUAUACAUUACUUACCCUCCAUUGCAAGCUAUUUUCUCUGCAGAAACUUAUUGAAAUGGAAAGGGUGACUGAUUUGGCAUCAAAGAAGGCUGCUGUGAUAUUCACCAAGAGCUCAUGUUGCAUGUGCCACAGCAUCAAGCAACUCUUUUAUGAGCUUGGUGCGAGCCCUGCAAUUCAUGAGCUUGACCAAUAUGCAGACGGGAGGGAAAUGGAGUAUGCUCUAAGAGGGCUGCAGGGGCGUAAUCCUUCAGUCCCAGCUGUGUUCAUAGGAGGGAAGUAUGUAGGCUCAGCCAAAGAUAUCAUUUCCCUCCAUGUUGACGGCUCUCUCAAACAAAAGCUGAUAGAUGCCAGGGCCAUCUGGUUCUAGUAACUACCAACCAAGCCUCAUACUAUGUUAGUUAAUGCUGUGGAAAUACUCUAAUAGCAUGCAUAUGCUGUCUGAAGACAAUGUUGCA